UUUUUUACUUGCUCUGUAAAAACUCACCCUUGCAUGCCCUUUUAUGGAGUCUAAACUUUUCAAGGUUCAAAAAGAAAUCUAUUGUAUAUUGAUGGUCAGAAAUCAGGGGGUAAAUAUUUCAAGUAAAUAAAAAAAUAUAAAAGCGAACGUUAAUCAAGAGAAAAUAGUUCUUUGCAAAAAGAUACAACUACUUACCUAAAAUUCAAAAAACAUUACAAGUGUAUAUAUAAAAGAUAUGUUACACAAAAGUCUCAUCAUCCUUGUGUAUUUUUUUGGUGUUGUUGCCCCCCAUUCUUGGAUGAGUUGUCCAUCUUCGCUUCUGAUGUCACUUGGGAGAGGAGGAGUACAGAGCAAAGCUUGUGAUGGCAAUCCUGAGUCUGAUUUAGUUCCUGUAACACAAUUGCAGGCCGGAGAUAGAUUGAAGAUUGGAUGGCCUUCAAACAACCACGCUGGUGGUUACGUUCGUUUGUCUCUUGUUUCGUUAGGUCAGCAUACUUCAGAAAACUUUCAAAAAAAUGUUCUAAAAUUUGUGUGCUACGGUAGUGAUAUGCGAGUUAAUAAUAUAAAAGCAUCAAAAUAUGGCGACUGCUAUCAUCCAUGUAAUGCAAGACCAGGGUGUGAAUUUCAAUCAGAAAGCAAUGAUUGCGAACGGUACGAUACUACCAUUGGAAUUCCAACUAAUUUAAAGGACGGUGAUUACGUACUACAAGCUGCUAUGUUAGUAGGAAAUUCAGAAGCCCCUUAUUACAGUUGUGCACGGCUUAAAAUCAUCGGAGGAAAUCCAAGUUUUAAUUGUUUUUCUAAAGAAGAUCCAAUAACCUAUUCAUGUUUGAAAUCCAACGGUCCAGCUCUCGAAUCACAUUUUCUUAAAACAGGUUCAACGCGUGGAGAUUUUUGUUACCAUAUAAACGGUUCGAUAGGCGGAAUUGAUGAUGAUAUAUAUAAAGUCCCUAUAAAUGUUGAAUGUGACCCAAGAAUAAGUUGCAUGAAUUCUGUUGAUACCAGCUGUGAAACAAACAAUCCAUCAAUGAAAAAUAUUUUAACACCAGGAGUAAGUCCAAAACAACCUAAUUGUAACAAUAUAACCGUCACUCCAUAUCCAUUAAGCUCUUGUAAUGACAAAAGACAGAACCGCGACGAAGAAGGAAUUGAUUGUGGUGGGGCAUUUUGUGAACCAUGUCCAACCUUAUCCCCAAACAACAGCGGAAGUUUUGAUUAUUUUGUACAACCUAUCAACCAAACAACAAUUCUUUGGGGUCAAGGAAAAAGUGGGGGAAUGUUCCAAAUAACAGUGAUGGUAAAAAAAGAUGUGUCUACAGAACAAUGCUGGCAACUUACAUUGCAAUACGGACGCCCAUUGCUGUUUAAAUCUGAUGGUAGUACGCCGAUAGGAAAAAGCGUUUGGAAUGAUGGGGUUCUUGUAUAUGUUAACCCAGCAAGUAAUAUAAUCACAAUCGAAAAGCAAAGUUGGAGCGCAAACCCGAAGACUGGACAGAAAUUAAUUAUUAAUUUCGUUGCUUAUCCUCAUCCGUCAGAUCCAGACCAACAACCUUGGACGAACUCAAACAUGAAACCAUUAACUGCUUCUUUUGAAAUAAAACCUAAAGAGAAUUGUUUCAACAAGCCAUUGAAAUAAAGACACGUAUCCAAUAAACUUUACACAACUGGAAAUUAAUGUAUAUAUGUGCAUAAAAAAUUAAUAAAUCUACUAAUAAAAUUAAA